UCUGGUGGCUCACAUUCGGAUGGUUGUUUAUAGUGUGUCGUUUAGUGUCUAACCACCGCAGUUGCCAGACGCUCUCUCGUUACUUAUACUCGUAUUACAUAUUCUGUACCCAAUCAGUACCUAGUGCACUCGAUUGUUAUUUUCGCCGUCUACUAGUAGAUUCGAUAGUCACAGACAGUAAGGUUUUUUUUUUUAUGUUUUUUGGACGGUAACAACGAGGACGACGGUACACCGGGGUCCAUCAAAAGAAAUAAAUCCACCGUGAAGAUCGGCGGUGUUUGUUGAACGACUAAACGCACAACGUAACCGACUGCUACGGUCGGACCAGUCGUGAAAAGCAGUACCAGUAAAGACCGUGACAAUUGCGUCGAGAAAAGAAAAACAGCCAGCUCUCUGCUGCAACACCAGUGGCAGUAGAUACCAUAAGCGCCAACAUUGCUUACAACAUCGACAUCGCUGGAUAGAGUAUAGAGAACAUGGCAAAUUCGAUGAAAAGUGGCGGAGGCAGCAACAAUGGCAGCGUUUACAACGGCAGCGUUGGUGGUAUACGAGGGCACUGUGGCAGGGUUGACGAAAAACAUCAGCGGUACAAUCCUUUUAAAAUGAGGGAUAAAUCUAAUACGACCACUGCUACCGGUGCAUUGGUGCAUUUAAUAAAGAGUAGUCUUGGUUCUGGUAUCCUCGCCAUGCCGAACGCGUUCAAAAAUGGUGGCUUAAUUUUCGGUCUAGUUGGAACAGCAGCCAUCGGAGUGUUAUGCUCACACUGUAUCUACCUCUUGGUAUUAUGCUCGCAAACUCUUUGCCGACGUACCCGUCGUCCGGCUCUCGGAUUCGCCGAUACUGCUGCCGUGGCAUUUAAUACCGGCCCGCACCGACUUCGCGCUUGGGCUCCGUUCGCUAGAGGGUUUGUUAACGUUGCACUGUUCUGCACGUAUUAUUUUGGAAACUGUGUGUACGUCAUAUUAAUUGCAGCAUCAUUCAAACAGGUUGCUGAAAAUCACACACCGCCGGAAUGGCAUUUUUCCAUCCGUGUUUGGAUUUUGUCCCUUGCCAUACCACUCAUUCCACUAGGAAUCAUACGCACGCUCAAAGUGUUAGUCCCAUUAUCGGCUCUGGGUACAACAUUUAUACUCGUGGGCUUGGGAUGCACCAUGACGUGGGUGGUGACCGGGGUCAGUCCAUUUGCAGAUAAGGCAACAAUUGCGGCAUCUGUCCCGUUACCCGAUAUCGGAUCUCGUCCUUGGAUCGCUCCUGUCGCACGCAUGCCACUGUUUUUUGCGACGGUUGUAUUUGCUAUGGAGGGUAUUGGCACCGUCCUACCGAUCGAGAAUUCGAUGCGCCACCCAGAAUAUUUUCUCCGGGCUCGCCCGUGUGGAGUACUAAAUGGUGCUAUGACGCUGGUUGUAUCGUUAUACUCAAUAGCUGGCUUUAUUGGAUACUUGCGUUUCGGUGACACCACCGAAGGUUCAAUAACGCUUAAUCUGCCCAACGAUUUGCUUUGUGAGAUUAUUAAGAUGAUGGUCACGUUAUCAAUAGUAUUUUCGUACGGCCUACAGUUUUGUGUGCCUAGUGAGAUAGUUUGGUCCCACUUGGAACCAUGGCUACAUAAACGCAGACUUAACUCAAAGUAUUCCACUUCGAAGAACGAUAUCAAAGGUAUCCCAACAAUAUCUAAGAGCUGCAUUACCGAUAGUAUCGUGACAAUGAAUACUGCAAUUUCUACGAAGAGCAUCGUGACCAUUGAUGAAAAUAAACUGCCUGAAGAAAAAAUGGAGCUGUUAGAAGAACCUGUGGACGGGAUGUACUAUAUUAUGCGGGCUAUCAUGAUCGUGGGCACCUUGCUUAUAUCCGCUGCCGUACCAAAUCUUUCUCCUGUCAUAGCACUGUUUGGUGCUGUAUUGUUCUCUACAUUGGGCUUGUUCUGUCCGGCCGUAAUCCAUUUGGUAGCUUUCUGGGAGCACAAUGACGAGGAAGAAGAAGAUUUUAAAGAACCAGAUUUCGAUGAUGAUUUAGAAUAUGAAGUGGACAAUUAUGCAGUUUAUGAUGCCGCGGAUCUGGAAUACGGCAAUAAAGUACGUUGGAAACAACAAGAGAAAAAAAACUGUGACUUAUCAGUCAGCAGAACUAAAGGUAUGAGUAAAUGGAUCAUCAUUAAGGACAUAUCGAUAGUAAUCAUUGCUGCGAUGGCUUUAGUUUUUGGAACUUAUGCUUCUCUUAUAGAUAUUUUUGCGUUUUACGGAUCCGAUAUUAUAGUGAAUGAAAAAUAAUAAAUAAUAAAUAACUAUAAUAAUAAUUUAUUAUAAUAAAUAACUGCACUGUAAAUGAAUAAUAUCAUUUAAAAAAUAUCCUAAAAAAACUAUCCCAAAUGGUUACAGAGAUAAAUACUUUAACUAGAAUUAUAAAUAGUAUUACUGUCAUUGUGUCUACCAUCACAACUACUUGAAAACAUCUGAAAUUAUAUAAAUACAAUUAUUACUUUCAUGCUACAGAAUCAAGUAAUCUUGUGAAUUUGUAUAUGUAAUAGCUUUUAUAAAUAAAUUAAAAAAUCUGUGUGCCUUAUAUUUUUUUUAAAUAAUGUUCAUA